CUUUUGUUGUUCAAAUUUGCUAAAAGAAGAAAAGAAAACAAUGAGCAAAUAUUCUGCAUCCUUUGCGAAAAAUCCGGAAGAUGGGGAAUACAAGGAACCAAAAUAUGCCCACAUGUUGAGCACAGAAUAUUUAGAGGAUAUGCCAGAGGAGCACCAAGGAAUGUCUGGAAAUUUAACCGGCCGAUGCAAAUGGGCUGAUGGCGAAGUGGAAACAUUUUUUGAUAUCAUAAGAACACUCAAAUUGCAAUCUCAUCUCAAAACCAAAAGAAACGACAAAGUCUUUAAGCUGAUAGUCAGGGAAAUGAACAAACGCGGCUAUCAAAAGAAACCCGAUCAGUUAAAGAUUAAGUAUCAUCAAUUGAGGCGUCAGUACGCUAGGGCCAAAAGUGUAGAUGAAGGGUCAGGAUUAUUUGAGCAUUUCGAAGCGUUACACGAGUUGGUCGAUGAAAAUCGCUCAGAGCAGGAAAUGGAGAAUGAUUCCAGUGCUGCAGAAAUAGAUGAGGUGGAGGAAGAUGCCAACAUGGACAGUGAGGAGAGGGAGGGUGGCGAUGCUGGCCAAGAUGAUCCUGGAGCUUCUAGUUUCAUUAAUGCCCGCUGCAAAUGGGCUGAGGGUGAAGUGGAUGUGUUUCUUGAUCUGAUUACAUCGAUGGGUCUGCAAACGGCUUUGCUGCGCAAACGUAAUGCCAAAAUCUUUAAAUUGCUAUCCAAGGAGAUGUCCAAAAAGAAUUACAUAAAGGGACCGGAUAAGUUACGCAUUAAGUUUCAAUUAUUAAGGCGUCUCUAUAACAAGGUCAAAAAUGGCAGCGAUGAAUCCUUCGAGCACUUUGAGGCCAUGCGCAAGGUACUGGAUCCCACAGAGGAAGAAGCUGCCAUGGCCGAAGGUGAUGGAAAUUUUAGCAGUAGUAGCGACAGCGAAUUCAAUGAUUCGGACGAUGAGGAUAAUGAUUUCGCCCAGCGUGGAGGCGCACAUUUCUGGUCGGAUGAGGAAGUGGAUGCGUUUCUACUGAUCAUUAAGGAAAAUGGCUUCUUUCGUGCCCUCGAUGGUUCACGUAAACGUAACUUUAAGACUCUCAUACACAUCUCCCAAAUUCUGGCCAAACAAUCCUACAAACGUACACCCCAUCAGCUUCGGAAUAAAUUGCGUCUGCUGAUCAAACGUUACAGGGAAGCCAAGAAGAAUGGACUUUCCAAUGUACGCAUCCUGCCACGACAUUUCGAUAUGUUCGAGGAUCUAUAUAAUGCUCCCAAAACGCAAGCGAAAAAGUCAAUGGAUUUACCUAAAGUAAACACUAGUCCCAGUUUAGCAUCGAAGCCAUUGUCAAAGAAAUUUAAACAAAAAAUGCCAUUAGAUAGCGAUUUAGAGCAAUCAAGUUCCAGUUGUGAUCUCCUAAGAGCUGCUGCCGCUGGUGAAAGCGAUUACUUCAAUGGUGAUGCUGAUGGAGCGGAUACCGGCUAUGAUGCCGGUCUACCAGAGCCAAGUCCCCUGGAGGUACUUACGGCCAUCAAUAAGAAUCAAAAGCAACUUUUAGCAUUCCUCAAGACAUCCAAUGAUAAUUUCCUCCGGCAACAGCAAGAACAGCAACGACAAUUUCUUCAAGAAAUGGCCACAAUUAUGAGGCAGGAUCGUGAGGAAAACUUUCGCAUGUUAGCUGAACUAAUCACGUCAUCCAAAUGAUAAAACUACAUCGAGUCGAGCUUUUUAAUACCCCCGGACUACCAAACGGGGGAUUACAUAAAGAUGAACAAUUGAUUUAAAUUAGGAUAGCAAGAAUAUAAAAUAGUUUAACAAUAAUUUUAAUUUAUAAACAUCACAAAAAAUAUCGUUUAGAUAUUUUUAAGAAAAUAAAUAAGAUGCGAUUUUAUACUCAC